GUAAUGCGGCUUCUCACUGGGAGCCUGACAAGAUCAUUGCAGGUCUGCUGAAGCCGAAGCCUGCUGUGAAGCCUGCUGUGAAGCCAGCUGCAGAGGCCCAAGAGCAGCCGCAAGAGCUUGAGAAGGCACAGUCGCAGCCCACAGAAGUUGAGAAUGAGGAUGUGCAGGUGCAGCUAGAUUUUGACUGGGAUUAUCAGCCUGCCGUCAUGGACGAGUUCCACUCCGAGUUCCCGAAUGAGACGCCUCAGCCUGCGAAGUGCGGGAAUGAAACUCCGCAGUCUGCAGCUGUUAAGGAUGCAGAGAAGGACAUGGUGAGUCAAAAGGUUACAGAGUUCAAGUCCGAGAACUCCAAAUACCUGCGAUCCCUGAACCGUCGGAGCGUAGCGAUGGCUGAUUUGGAGGAAAUUGAUAAAUUCAGCUGCGUCGCCUUCGUCCUGCCCCUUGCUGCUGGAAUAUUCCUUGGUAGCCCUGGCCCCAUCAGCACGGCUGCUGUCGCCCUCGGGAACCUGUCUCCGUUUAGUCAGCUCUUCUGCUUCAUGUUUGGGCAGCUCAUCUCCAUCUUUCCACUG